UAGCUAGAUUAUAUGAAGCUACUAUGAUGCUACAGGUUGCGUUCAAGCGCAUGGUAGAACUGUAGCUUUUUUCCCACUAGAGUUCCUAUGUGAGGAAAGGCUGUUUUUCUGGAGACACGCUGUACAGCUGUCAGGAUUCUGUCACUUCUGCCAAACCUCAAUCACACAUCACCGGACUCUCAAAGGGAACCUGCUCAACCCGGCUCAAACCUCGUCGAUUCUUCUCCUACCUACUGAAGCACUGAACGCACUUGUCCGAAAGUAAACUGAAAGGCUGAGAGUUAGAGAGUGAGGAAGAGCGAGACGAGACAAAAGGACGGUGAAACGGGAAUAUGACCUCCUCAUACGAGUCCGACGAGCAUCCUUGGGAUCGGAAGAGUACUCGGGACUCGCUAAAUUCACUCAAAGCCCAAUUUUCCCAAGCCCCAGACCUGGGAUCUUCCAUAAUGGCCGCUGCCGUUAACAAGAGCUCAAUUGUCUCAAAUCCUUGGGACGCUCAGACUGAAGGUGAAGAAGCGCUUGACGAAGGAUUAGGACCGAGGAGCCACAUUGGGUCGUCUGGGAACGAUGAUCUACCUCCAAGCCGCGCCGCCUUGCCACCCAGCCUCUUCAACCAGCGUUCUCUCUUGGACAACACCCGGCCGCUGAUAUCCACCAGCGACAGCUCCAUUUCCAUCACGCAGCAGUUGAGCGCAUCGUCGCUGGAUUAUGUCUCACCCUCGGAUAUACAGAGGUCCGCAGAGCCCGAGCCGGAUCCGUGGUCUGCGACGAUACCCAAAUUGGACGAGGCUUUGAAUGGACAUCAUUAUGGCGUAGAACGGUCGCCCAUUCGGACAACGGAGGAGCCAGUCGAUGGGCCUGCCCAUGCGGAGUAUCACGGAGGACCACAUGGAGAGAGACAGCAGGGUACCGGUGAACGGGUUUCCCCACGGCGGCUGAGGGUGUCUUCGCUGGAGCGGGAAACCAGUGGGGAAACACUGUCGCCUAGGAACAUCACUCGACCAGAUGUCGAGCGCAUCAAGAUUUCGAUCGCACCGGAGAAAGGAGGCUUUUUACUGAAGCAUGUCAAUUACAUCUUACAUGCACAAAAUCGGCGAACAAGUGUACUUCGAAGAUACUCCGAUUUCCUAUGGCUACUGGAUAUCCUUGUACGGAGAUACCCCUUUCGAGCAAUCCCAAGUCUGCCACCAAAGAAGGUUGGAGAUCAGACUUUCCUAGAACGCAGGCGCCGCGCGUUAUCUCGCUUCAUAAAUCUGGUUGCCAACCACCCGGUUUUUUCGGAGGAUGAAGCAGUCACUGCCUUCCUGAGAGUCGAAAUGGAUAUUCACUCAUAUCGGAAGAAAGCGCCAGUGACAACAGAGGAGGAGACUUCGACCGGCGAAAUUACGUCGGAAGAAAGGUCAAAGAUACCCGCCGAUCUGGCAGAGAGGAUGAUACAGUUCAAGGCGAAUCUCGACUUCUUCAUCUGCCAAUAUAGAGACUUGGGCACUUUGACGGAGCGCAUUGCUCGGCGCGAAGACGAUUCGGCGGUCGAUAUGAUCCGCUGCAGCUUGAUUCUCCAUAAACUCAAUGAGAAAUCAGAUUGUACAGAAAAGUCCUGUUCCAAUUGCAGGCGGUUGGGAUUCGGAUACGAUCAUAUCUCAAACGAGUUCCAGCGUGCUGGCCGCGUUAUGGAAGACGAGAGUCAAUCGGUGUUAGAUGGGCUUCUGGAGAAUAUCAAGACACAUAGAGACCUGCUCAUCGCAUGCCAGGAAUUGUUCUACCGCCAAGAACGAGCUUUAGCAAUGCUAAAUCCAGACGCAUUGAAGAAGCGAUUGGGGAUGAACGAGGAAAAGCUGCGGAAUACGGAAGGGAAGCCGAAAGAGGUUGAGAAGUUGCAAGCGACGAUUGAAGCGGAUCGCAAGGAGCUUGAACAGCAGGGAAAGCGCAUGGAUACGAUUCGAUACUGCACAUGGCGGGAGAUGUUGUAUUACCAUCAGCAGAAAGCGAAUCUAUCCCUCAUGUUCCAGGAGUUCGUCAGCGAAAAGAUUAGGCUGGCGUCUCACUAUACCGAGAUCUGGAAGACGUUGGCCGCGUCUGUUUUCGAGUUGCCUACAGCAGAAUACAAUCAAUGAUUUCCAAGUCUUCUUUCCAUGAAACCCUCAUGUUCCGUCCGCAGCUUUGAGCG